AUGCAAUGCAACUUUCGUCCUGCAUGGCUCUUUGUGUCACUGUUCAUCAUCUUCUACCUGCUCUCAUUAUACUAUUACCACUCAACGAGCUACCGCGAUCCCACUUCCUAUUUUUUUGAUCCUCAUCGUGCUUACGAAUGGAUAUAUUCAGCGCACCGGAUUGAGGAAGCUGAUGCUUAUAUUGCCACGGUCAAAGAGGAUGAUCGCCCUGUUUCAUCCCGAGUUCAUCCACCUGUCGUUUGUGUCGGCAUCGCCACCGUCGCUCGUCCUGGACACCAAUAUGUGAGAUCGACAGUUGGCUCACUUCUUGCUGGUAUGAGCGAAGAGGAACGGAGUCUGAUAUUUCUCAACAUUCUUAUUGGCCACACAAAUCCUUCGAUACACCCAGUGUUCUCAGAGAGUUGGUUGGACAUCCUGCCAGAUCGUAUUCUCCGGUAUCCCACAACGGGCCCGGAGCAUGAUCAGAUCGUUGCCUGGGAGGAGGGCGGCUGGUACAGGAAUAAGACCAUCUACGAUUACACUUACUUGUUGAAGGACUGCUAUGACACAGGAGCAGAGUAUGUGGCCAUGAUUGAGGAUGACACUUUGGCCGUCGCUGGCUGGUUCCGGCGCCUGGUUUCUGCCUUGAACUCUGUCCUUACUAAAACUCAUCCUCAAGUCUCAAAGCGGACAUGGAUAUAUUUGCGACUAUUUUACGCGGAUGCCCUUCUUGGUUGGAACAGUGAAGAGUGGUCCAUUUACUUGUUCUGGUCCUUUGCCGCCUGGGCGUCACUAUCAGCAAUGAUGAUCGCAACGAAAAGGAGCUUCCCAAAGCACCUCGAGUUUAUGACCGCUGGUAUAAUGGCUGCAAUUUCCUGCGUUUGUAUACCAGCCGCUAUUUUGCUAGUCUUUCUUGCAGGGCGGCAGACGGUGUUUCCGGUUUCCUCUGGAAUUCAUGAAAUGAAUAAGUACGGUUGUUGCACCCAAGGCCUUGUAUUCCCACGCUCAAUUAUCCCACCUCUUCUCGAGCGGGCGGAUCUUCAAACAGACUGGCUGGUUGAUAUGAUGAUUGAGAGAAUUGCCGACCGAGCAGGUUAUCAACGCUGGGCCAUUGUUCCACCAUUGUUGCAACAUAUUGGGGCCACAAGCUCGAAAGGCUAUGGUUUUGAUGAUUCGGCACGACAUUUAUGGAACUUUCGAUUCGAGAAAUACCCUAUUAUGACUGAAUAA